GAAGAGGACAUAUCCGUGCGAAAGUCAGCUGCUCGAGAAUCAUGUUGUUUUAAAGAAGCGCGUGUGGAUUUAACUGAGAAAAGGUACGCUCAGCUGCCUGUGUGAAGAGCGAGGCUGUAAGGAGUUGGCACGCUCGCGCUCAAUCAGUCCAUGAGGGAACGCACGGUGGGAGCUUGGUGGUGGCCGAGGAGUUGGAUCAGAGCAAUGCCUGCCAUGCCAUCAGUCACCAAUACACCAUGUCGCAGGAAACAUUGGCAGGUGCUUGUAUGGGUUGUGAUGUCUCUGCUGCCCCUAGUGGCAGGAAGCAGGUCACGUUUUCAAGCAGAAUACGAAGCUGCGGUAGGAUUUGCUGGAAUGGUGGAGCUGCCAUUAGAGGCUUUUCCAGAUACUGAGGAAGAGCUUGAGGAGGACAGUGACUCCCCAUGGCAUGGCUUGUUUGAGCCAUCUGUGCUUUUCGAGGACAACCAACAACCAGCGAGAUGGGAACGAUCCCCCCGCUCCCCAGACACUUCUGACAUACAGACCAAAGGUGCACGCAAGAAAAAGAAGAAAAAAGAGAGGGAGGAAAAGAAAAAGAAAGAGAAGAGCAGCAGGGGACGCCACAGCAGUCGGGACUGCCACUUAGAGAAACGUGAGAUGCGUGUACGGGACCUGGGCAUGGGUUUCGACUCAGACGAAAUUGUCCUUUUCAAGUUCUGCGUCGGCUCCUGCCAGAGGUCUCGUGGGAACUAUGACUUGGCUCUGCGUGCUCUACUUGCCAAUGGCAGUCUGCCCAAGCGCACCGCCAGGAAGGUAAGCGCACACCCUUGCUGCCGUCCCAUGAGCUAUGAACCCGUCUCUUUCAUGGACGCUACCACAACCUGGAGAACCAUCAAGUCCCUCUCUGCAGCAGACUGUGAGUGCGUGGGAUGAGCUGACCUGAAAGAGCAGGGAGAGCGUGACAUGAAGAAAAGGUUCAACGGUCAAAGAGAGGAAAAGAGGAAUCAGGAAGCCUCCUGGGCCAUGGCUACAGAACGAGGUUGGCCAUGGUAAAGCUCUGUGAGGGAAUAUGGUUUGGUUGUGAGUGGUUCACAACAACAGCAAAUGCAUACAAACUUACAGUACAUCACACCAAACCUCGACAGAAAAGCUUGAAUGAGGUUAGAAUACGAUUCGACCAAGUCAGAAACGACGAGAGACUCUUUGGACUCAAAAUGGAGAGAGUUCAAGGAUGGAAGAACAGCAACUUUGGAUCAUACAUCUGAAUGGCUCUAUAAACAAAAACUACAUGUUAUAACUCGACAAGCAUUUGCUUACCAAGAAUUUCAACAGACUUGAAUACAGCACGAAACCCUGUUUAAUUUGUCAGAUUCAUUUGUUGAUCCUGGAUGUCAAUGCCCAUAUUCUUGGCCUUCAGUAUGGCAUGUAAUAUUUCAGCCAGAUUAGCAACUGUGGAUCAUUCAUUAUUAACAGCACAUUAUUGUUGUAAUUACAAUGUAAUAGCACAAACAUAUGUGGAGUAUUAUUAAAAGCUUAGCCCAAUAGGAAACACACAGACCUGUUAAUAUUAACCUUUCAGCAGGAAGCACUGAAGGUUGAUUGUGUUUUUCAUUUCUCAGGGUUUUUACAGGAAUUAUAUGAACUAUCUUAAUUUUCUUCAAAAUCCUUUUUAAUACCAUAAAUAAAAUAAAAGGUAUCAAAGAGUUAAUUUUCCACGCGGACAGUUUUUCAUAUAGUUAUGGGACUUCUCCACUGCAUGGUAGGACCCGGUAUGGUUCACUUUUGGGGGUUUUCCACUGGGUACAGUACCUGGUACUUUUUUUUUUAGUUCCACCUCGGUUGAUGUUCCAAGUAAAUAGUUCCAUCACCAAACGGGACUUCUAAACUCUGCUGAUCACUGAUUGGCCCGGAGAAAUUCAUCACUGCCUGUGAACAUUGAACAUUGAACUUGUGACACAAACACACAGAACCAUUAAAUUUAAAUCUGCACAGCCAAGCGAAGGAUCAAACCCAACUGUUUUGAAAGAGCGCACUCUUUUCUUUUUUUUUUUUCUUUUUUACAACCAAAAAGUGGGUGUUUUGUUGUCUGCUAAGGACGUUCCUCUUGUUGAUAGCAGACGAGCAGACCCAGUGAGAUCUUGAUUGGGCGACCCGGAAAGAAAAAGUUUUUCAGUGUUGUAAAAAACACUGUACUUUCCCCAUUGUACUUAUCAAAAAAAGAAAAAGAAAAAAAAAAAAGAAUAGCAUAAUGUGAUGUCUACCAGACUGUGCUUUAGCACGGUCAUUAGCUUUCUCUUUUAUCAACGGAUGAUGACCACAAUGCAUUUGCCGUUGUUGUUGUUGUUUUUUACUGUUACCAAAUGGAUGCCAUGCAUCCCUCAACAUUUACUGUACACUUAACAUAUAUCAUAUUUAUUUUUUUCAUUUAAGUUAUUUAUUUAUUAUCAUGUCUACAAAAAUGUCUUUGUUUUAUAUUUAUUGUUUAUGCCUUGGCCUGUGUUCUUUAAUCCGUCAUCUCACAAAGAACCAGAAUGGAAAACAACAAGGCUUUGAAGAAGGUCAGCUGCAAAAUAUCACAGUUGCAGAAAACAACUGAGCUAUUUAACCUAAAUGUUUUCACGAAGUAAGACGGAAUUGUAGAUAACUUUGUCAUUAUCUGACAAGUGAUUUCAUUGGGUGCUUUUCUGAGUCUUCCAAGAGUUAUAAAACCUUCAGAGCACUGACUGGGAAAUCUCAGAUUCAAUUUAUGAAAAGGAAAUGAAAAUAGUUUUCUUCCAAAACACUAAGAAUGAGGGGGAGAUGGAUUGUGUUCUGGCUAGUCCGUCU